AUGCCCCGGAAUGAACGCAGAAGACGAAACGCGAAGGAGAAGAAGAAAGGAGAAAAAAAAAAAGGAAGAAAAAGAUUUAGCCGUCCGAUUCCAAUUCCGACUUGGGUGUACGUUGGAGGAGAUUUGGGUGAAGUUAUAAAAAUCCAGAAAGUAUCGGUAGGAGAUGUGGUCGGUGUACUGAUAGAUGUUGCAGAACAAAAGCAAAGAAACAAACGUCAACAACCGACCUCUUCCAACAUUAUAGGAGAUCGUGUUCAAGAGAUUGUAAUCGUAACUGAGGAAUUGCUACCGACAAGACUGACCUUAUGGAAUGAAUUGGUGGACGCUGAAGGAAAAUACUUCACAUCCAUUGUGAAGGAAAGACCUAUCAUUGCGGCCCUCCACCUGAAAGCAACACUAUAUGCAGGAAUUUCGUUGUCUGCAAUUUCCAUGGCAAAUUUUAUUGUUGAUCCUCCAUAUCCUGAAGCUGACAAUCUAUUGAGCUGGAAACUCAAUAAUAAGGUAUGCAUUGAUGAACUCGUAAUCAAAAAACCAUACUUCAACACAGCCGAAGGAAGCCCGCUAGCUGUAGUAACUCUCUCAACAAUUGCAACCAUGUCACAAUCUACUCGCCAAGGUGAGUACAAAAUCAAGGGAUGUUUGUCAAUCAAAGUGGAUAAGAAAGUGCAACUCCACUACAACGCCUGCGAUAAGUGUUACACAUCAACUCCAGCACCAACAGCACGGCAGUUUUUUUGUUUAAGGUGCAAAUCUGUCCAAUCGUCAGAGCAAAAAUUGUUGAUCAGACAGGAUCAAUUACCUGCGUUGUUUAUGACAAUAUAGCGCAACAAAUUCUGAACUUUGACAUACCAGAGUCAAAUGAACUAGGACAACAGGAAAUCAUUUCACUAUGCAAUCUGCGCAAUCAAGAACUUGAAAACCAAUCAUACCUCUUUCACAUAAAGAAAAAGGCCGCCGCACCAUCCCAAACAGAAACACAUACUUACACACUUAUGUCUGCUUCCAAAGAAAACAAAGAUAAGGAAAUUGCUGCCGAAGAAACAUUGUCAAAGAACCACCCUAUUGUACCCAAACACACUGGGAUAACACCUGAAAUGCAGGAGAAGGCAACCUGCACAACUGCUACCUUAGAAUCAUCUGUUCCUGGUAAAUAUGCAAAGAACUUGCUUCCACUGUUCAAUGAGUUGGAAUCUAUCAAUGAUCAGAAAUCAAAGGAUCAAGCAUCAACGGUCAAGAAUUCUGUCGCUCCACCGAAAGAAUCCAAAAAAUAGUUGUCAAGCUUUUCUACAACAUCUUCUGUUUUGUACUACAUCCAACUACUAAACUACCUACCUUUUUGUAAUAUUACUAUCCGAUGUGUACAUACAACAUUUUGAAUAUCUAUCGGCUACAUAUAUUUAUCAA